CCCCGGCUCCGCGGCCGCACAGCGGCUCGGGGAGCGGCCAUGGCGCAGCAGCCGGGCCGGAGGCAGGAGUGGGCAGGUGCCGUGGAUGCCCCAGACCCGGAGGAAGAAGAGGAGGAGGAUGUGGGGAACACGGCUUCCAUGGAAGAGGACGAGAAAGAGCUGGACCUGACGGACCAGGAGAUGGAAGACGUGAGGGCCCAGAUGUUGCAGCUGCUGGAGGAGCUGGAGGAGACGCGGGAGCUGGCAGUGAAACAUGAGGACGACUCGCUGGAGCUACAGGGCUUGUUGGAGGACGAGCGACUGGCCAGCGCCCGGCAGGCCGAGAUCUUCACCAAACAGAUCCAGAGGCUUCAAGCUCAGAUGCGCACGCUGAAGGAUGAAUUCAGCUCCCUGCAGGAGACGAAGGCGUUGGAGCUGGAGCAGGUGGAGCGGGAGCUGCAGGAGGCCAACGAAGAGAUCCACGGCCUGCGGCUGGAGGCGGAGGAGGUGGCGGCCAUCCAUGAGAACGAGAUCGCUGCCCUGCAGGAGCAGCUGUGCCGGCUGCGAGCCGAGCUGCAGCGCGUCCAGCAGGUCCGCGAGGAGUACGAGACGGAGAUCACCACCCUGCGCGCCGAGAUCACGAUGAAGGGCAGUGGCCAGGCCCGGGCCGAGAGCCAUGCUGACAAGGUGGCUAUGCUCCAAGAGGAGCUGCUGGCCCUGCGGGAGCAGUACCGGGACCUGAUGGAGGAGUACCAGACCCUGCAAGAGAGCAACAAGAUCAUGGUGCACCAGCUGGAGAACCUGGAAGCCCAGAAGUACAGAUCCAGGAGCAGGUCAGAAGAGUCUCGCAAGUCGACGGAGUCGGACGUGACCCAUCCCCAGGUGCGCCGGACCCUCUCUCCCCAGCGCGCCAGCCCCCGCCUGAGCGGCAGCGUCUCCUUCAAGACGGUGGACGACACGAGAACCAUCAGCGCCCCCAGCCGCAGGAAGGAACCGCUGAGCCAGGCCGAGGAGUGCGACACCGAGCUGAGCCUGCGUUUCCAGCUGCAGAGCGAGGAGGAGAAGGUGCAUCUGACCCAGAGCAAGUGUGACAACAUGCAGACCGAGCUGCGGGAGCUGCAGCGGCAGUAUCAGGCCAUCCAGCGGGAGCGCCAGCAGCUGCAGGAGGAGCUGAGGCUGUGCCGGGCGGAAAUCCAGAGACUCAAAGGCACUGUGCCCGCUGACGGGCGGAGCCGCCCACCCCCGAUGCCCCGUGAUCUCCCUCCCCCUCAUAGGACUGGUUGUUAUAGUGGCUCUGCUCUGGUGCUGGUGGGCCGAGACCUCUUCCUAAUGCCGCUCAGGUCCCGGCCGGGGGGCUGAAGCCCAUCAUCCUCUUUGCAGUAGCUGCAGCCGUCUUGCUGCUGUACCCCUGCCUGAAGCGGUCCUGUGCCAGCGCCGUGCCAGCCUGAGGAGCGCCACGCCCGGGCCGUGCCACGCCACACACACCCCGCCCCCCACAGCCUGCUGCCACUGGGAGGGCUGGAGACCCUUGCUGCAGCCCCCCACCACCACACGGAGGUCACCCCCCUGCCCCUGGUCAGUCACACCAUGGCAGCAUCUGCCCCACGUUACUGUCUGUCUCUCUCCUUCGGGGCUCAGGGUCAGGGACACCAUAUCUGUGGGGCAGGGAAGGGCGACUCGAGGAUGCUGCUCGGGGGUUGUGUGGAUGUGGGAGGGGGCUGGGAUAGGGAGGGGGUGGGCUGCAGGCUCCAUGGGAGAGUGAGGGGCUCCCUGGAAAGCAGCCUCAGCCAGCUCUGGGGCCCCCGGCUCUGGGCUGGCUCCAGUCCCAUUGGAUCAUAGCACCAGCUAGUGGGGGGGUACGAGGGGUCCCUGCCAGCGACUCCCAAAUGGAACCUGGUCCGGUGGAGUCCCAGCUCCCGCUCUGCCUCACACUGCCCCCCUCCGUCCCAACCCACGCCCUGCCCCACACU